AUGAUAAUAGCAUACGUGCGCGGUGUCCUAUCGCGAUCCGGCGACGGUCGAAGCAACGGCAGUGAGGAGCAGUGGGGAAGGCGGCGGACUGGGGAUCACGAGGUCAUAGGUUCGGUGCUCACGCAGUGCAAACUUUUUUUGCAGUUUUUUCUUUUUUGGAUGCUUUCGUGUAAGUGCUCCUUUUUUGAGUUUUGGGGCGUAUAAACACGAAAACACUGCAUUCAAACAGCUGGACUUCUUUCUUACAGCAAUCUUUCGCAUUUUUGUGAGGUAUAACCAUAGUCCCAUGGUUAGGCUUCAGGCCCUUGGAUAGACUACUGGCACAAUCGCGAUACCCCUGUGCGAUUCGUGUGUGGCUGUAUUCUGUGCUCAUCAAGGCUCAACGGCACGAGUUAUGCACAGAAGAACGAGGGGAAGAACCGUGAAAUCAUGCUUUCAACUUGAUCCACUACACAUUUGGGCUUAUAGUUAACCAAAAAGUUGUUCGUUAUAUUCCAAUACUACGAAACGCUCACAUAGCUUAUGACUGUUUGCCCUUAUGGUCUGAACUUUCGGCGUUUACAUUUAGAUCACCAGUUUAUCUAUCAGAUCGCGUGAGCCGAUCUCAGCUGUUCAAAGCUCUUCGGUCGACGCGACUGAUCAUCAGAUCGGUCGGGGUCCUGUCGGAGUCAGACAGGAUCCUGGUGAGAACCAGGAGAUCUCGUUCACCUGUUUCAAACCAAAAACCGGAUCUAACAUGGAGCCGAGGUCUGAGGCCUCGUGCUACACAACGCUCAAACCAACGGAGACAGAUGUCCGUAAAUUAAGCGAACGUGGAUCCACGAAUGAACCAAGAUCCAGGGUCUCACUGACAGUCAGAGUUACAAGAAAUUGGUGAUCCCAAUUAGGAGCAUUAUUGGAACUCCGAAGUAAAUUUCGUCGAGAUCCGGGUCCUCGGGAACGAAUCAUAUAGGCAUAACCAACGGCUUCAGUGUUACUGAAAACCUCAACUGGUCUUUCUCAGGUUGACAAAUCUCUUUGUUCUUGCCUGAGAAAGACCAGUUGAGGUUUCCAGUAACAAACUGAAGCCGUUGGUUAUGCCGAAAUCAGACAGGAGGCGGUUGGCGAGCAGGAAGUGCAAGUUUUUCGAUAUGACCGAUCAAGUUCUUGUUCAACACCUAGUCGAUUACAUCUACAACUCUAACAAAAUAAGUGAUUGAUCUAUUGAUUCAAUAAAAAGUCUAUUUUGUUCUCUUCCUCCUAUGUAGACUCUCCUCCAAAAAAAACCACGAAUGCCAGAUUUCUCAGCUUUAGACGUUCCGGGAGAAAAAAAAGGGAACAUGGCCGCUUGAUCAAAUACACGUUUGGACUUCCAGUUCGCCAAAAAAUUGUUCGAUAUGACCCAAAAAGUUCUUUUUCAGCGCCUAGUCCAUUACAUCCAUGACUAGAACAACAAAAUAAGCGAUUAAUCGAUUUAUUUAAUAAAUCCAAUGCCUCCAAUGUAGUCUCUCUCCCAAAAAACACCACGGAUGCCAGAUUUCUCAGCUUCAGACGUUCCGGCGAACGAAGGGAAGAAAAAGGUGAACGUGGCCGCUUGAUCAACUACACGUUUGGACUUCCAGUUCGCCAAAAAAUUGUUCGAUAUGACCCAAAAAGUUCUUUUUCAGCGCCUAGUCCAUUACAUCCAUGACUAGAACAACAAAAUAAGCGACUAAUCGAUUUAUUUAAUAAAUCCAAUGCCUCCAAUGUAGUCUCUCUCCCAAAAAACACCACGGAUGCCAGAUUUCUCAGCUUUAGACGUUCCGGGAGAAAAAAAAAGGCGAACGUGGCCGCGGAGCCAGUUGCCAUGGCCACAAGAAUCCGUCGAUUGAGAGUUCGGCGCCGUCGGCGGCCAUCCCAAAACGUCUCCAUUACCUUCUUUCCAGGGCCAAUUUUCUCUCUUUCAUCUCUUCCAUUAUUCACAAAAUGUCCUUUGUAUCAAGUUUAUAAAGUUUCUCAAGUUCCUCCUUAAAACAAUUGAGUUUAUUUUAUGGGUUUUUUUAAAGGCCGAGAAACAUGGAAAAAGUGCUCCAAUGCUACUUUUGGAGCAUUUUGCCGUUCAGGAAUUUUUAUGAUAAGGCUAGAAAUUUCAAUGAUCUUCUUGAAAAUAUAAUGUUCCAAGCCUUGAAAACGAUUUUAAGAAUCUUCUUAUGAAAAAAAAAUCCACUAUUAAGCAUUUUUUUUUUGGCUUAAUUUUCUCUUCUUCAUCUCUUUUAUCAGAUUAUCAUGAACCUCUAUGCCUUUUGUGAUAAAAUAUGGAGAUUAUUGGGUUCCUUGAAGAGAAUAAGCUUAACGGAAAGUCUUUUAACAAAGUGAUUUGCUUCAAAAAACCCAAAAAAUGUGCUUUUUAAAAAAUGUCGAAGAAAAAUUCUAUACUUUCUUAUUAUAUUUUAUCAUCAAGGCUUAAAUUUUCCGGAUUUUGGUAAAUUCAAAUCAAAAUGAGGUCCAAAAUGAAGAAAAAACGCUUCGAUAUUGAAAAAAUGCAGUUUUGGGUCAAUUUCAACCAUAUUUUCUUUGAUCGUGUUCACUAAUUUGAAGCUUUUUUUCAUUUGAAAUCGUUAAACUUCUACUCAUUUUUUUAAAAAAAUCGUUUCAAGCCCCUUUUUACGAAAAAUUAUGACUGUCUUGAGCGCAAAUUUUUCUUGAAAAAAAUCAAGAAAAAAAUCCCAAAAUUGUAGAAAAAAAUUGACUUCUUUGCAGUGACUUCUGCUAUUUCUUCCAUUUGAAAUUUCUCCUCCGAGCUUUUUUUGUGAUUUCCAUUUCAAUAGGACUAAUUAUUUCCGAAAAAAAUACGACCUUUUUUUAUGCCUUGAAAAAAUUUCUUUACAUUUUUUUCUUUUUAAUGAAAAGGAGAGACAUUAGCCGUUUAAUCUUUUAAAUUUUUCCUAAAAAAACUAUUUUUUUCUAACUACCUUUUCUAAGACCCUCUCAAUAAUCUCCAUGUGAUUAGAUGUUCCAAAAUCGGAGAAAACGGCCAUUUUUUACGUCUUGAAAAAAAAAAUUCGUCUUCACUGUAUUUAUUUUUAAUGGAAGGAGAGACACUAGCCGUUUAAUCUUUGAAUUUUCCUAAAAGUUAUUUUUAAUCCUCCGAAUGAUCUCCUUUUCCAGGUUAUUAGGUGCUCCAAAAAUUGAGGUGUUCUAAAAAUUAAAAAAAAUACAGCCUUUUCUAUGACCCUACCAAUAAUCUCCAGAUGUCCUAAAAAACGGGCAUUUUUUACAUCUUGAAAAAAUUUUCUUUACAUUUUUUCUUUUAAUGCAAGGAGAGACAUUAGCCGUUCAAUCCCUUCCGCAAAUUAUUUUUGAUCCCAAUGACCCGCCUCAAAAAAUCUAUUUUUCCCACACCCUAUGUACACUUGCUAAUCGUAAUAACUCACCUUGGCAACAAAAGUCGCGAUAUGGAGAUUGAAUUGGUCGAAGAAAAUAGGGGGGGCAAUUAGAUUUUGAGGGUUGAGGGACUCGGAUUUCGGCAAGUCGGCGAGACGAGGAGCCACCGCCGGCCCCCGUCAUGUCCUCAGCCAUCACCCUCGCCGAGAGGUUCGCAUCUCAAAUAUCGAUAUUAUUGAUUGAAAAGCUUUUGAAGUGCUCUUGCCAUCUACAAAAAGUUAUUGAAUGGUCAUAACUGAAAAAAAUACUACGAGAAUGAUUUUGUCCUUAGGUUCAGUAGUGAAAUUCGGCCAAAUUUCUUUUUACGAACGCCAGAGUGAUUUCGAGAGGGGUUCGGGACCAAAAAGGCCCUAUAGGGACCACUCGAUAGCUCCUUAAUAUUCGGGACCUUUUAUCCCAGAAGCUAGGACCGAAUCUGCUGCAAGAGCAAUUUUUCCAUUUCCGAAGAGUACGGUAUGUAAAAGUCCGCAAUUUAACUUGCAUGUGUUUACACUUUUGUUGCGUGACUCGGCUUUUUUUUUUCUUUAAAUUUGAGCUUCAUCAAAAUGAAUAAUAUGCCGUGAUUUCCGCGAAAUGUAAAAUGAUUUCUGACCCUCCAAAAUUUGAUUAUCUUUUUUUUUCUCUGACGGCGAUUUUGGAUUUCGCGGAAUCAGUUUGUACACGGCAAUAACCAUAGAAAAAAUCUAAAAGUGAAGAAAAACACGAAAAUGGGCCACCCGGACACGUUACGCAACAAAAGUGCAAACACACGCAAGUCAAAUUGCGGACUUUCACAUACCGUACCCUUCGAAAAUAUAAAAAUGCGUUCUUGCCACAGAAUUGGUCCUAACUUUUGGGAUAAAAGGUCCCAAGCACUUUGGAGCUCCAGAGUGGUCCCUAUAGGGGCUGUUUGGUCCCUAACCCCUCUUGGAACUAUUCUGGCGUUCCUAAAAAGAAAAUUGGCUGAAUUUCACUUCUGGACCCAGGAAAAAAUUGUUCUCGUAGUCUUUUUUUUUUCAGUUUUGACCAUUCAAAAGCUUAAAAAAUUUUCCAAGAAUUAGAUAAUAUGGCUUGAAGCCGCUUAAAAUAAACUAUAAACAAUUUUUAGGGAACAUUUUUUUUUUUUAAUUUCUUUUCUCACAACUUCCUCCUCGGCAAGAUAAACGCUUCCGAAAACAUUCAUUUUUCGUUCUUGCAAAUCCCCAAUUUCCAUAGCGAAAAGAAAAAAAAAGGGAUGCAAUUAGAGAUGAAUCACUUCUAUUUGCUAUGAUUAUUAAGGAUGAGAGCAAAAAUCUCGUGAAAAUUGGAAAAAACAACAAUUCCUUUAAUUAAUUAAAAAUGAUGGUUUCUUGGGAUUUUCUAUAGAAUAUUUUAAUUAAAAGCCUGAUUAGUAGUCAGAUUAAUUAAAUGAGAAAUUGAUGGAUUAUUAGUUCAUGGGAAAUUCGCUGGCCUGGUCCAAUUGAAGCGUAGUUCCAUUAAUCAAAUUGGAUAAUUGAUAAACGAGUUCAAAAAUCCGUAGAAAAACCUACAGUACCUAAAAAAAUGAUGUUACUGUAGCUGAUGGGAAAAAGGAGGUAAGUUUUUUGAUAAGCUUGGAGUUACCGUAUCCUCAGGCAAUUUCAAUAUUACUUAUAAUCCGUAAAAACUGGAGACAAAUCCACAGUACCUCAAGAAAUGGAGGUACUGUGGUUGUUGAGGAAACUAGGGGUUACUGUACCAUCAGGCUACCUGAACGAAGGAACUUAAAAAUCAAAGAAAACUGGACAAAAAUCCACAAUACCUCAAAAAAAGCAGGUACAGUAACUGAUGGAAAAACAGAAAAACGUUUUUUUUUUUGAAACUUAGAGUUACCGUAUCUACAGACAAGUCCAACUCGACUAGCAAUCUAAAAAUCAAUAAAAUCGGUGAAAAAUUCCACAGUACCUCAAGAAAUGAAGGUACUGUAAUUUUUUUGAGCAAACUAGAAAAAAAUUUGAAUAAAUAUAAUAAUUUAUCUCUUACAGUAUAUUCAGACGAUUUAAACCUCACUAAGGAUCUGAAAAAUCCAUGCAAACCGUUAAAAAAAUCCACAGUACCUCAAAAAAUGAUGUUACUGUAACUGAUGAGAAAAUCGACAUAAGUUCAACUUUUUUUUUUGGAUCGACUGGGAGAGAUGAGAAUCACCGUACUUUCAGGCAGUCCAAACCGAAAUUUUUUUAAAUUUUGGAUAAUCCGGAUAUCCUAGAAGCUACCUUAUCUUUUUUUAAUAAUAUUAUUUAUUUACAGGCAGAACAAAAUAACAUGUACAGAAAAAAAGAGAAAAAAAUUUGGCAUUAAGCCUGAAAUAAAUAAAUAAAAGGCACUUGAGGCCCUCACGAGCCUCUGAGCCAGUAAUGAAAGAAUAAGAGGUGAGGAUUGCACAAAGGUAAAAAAAGUAAAUAGAAAAGAAAGCAUAAUAAAUUAUGACACAGUGUAGCACAGGUAAAUGGGGAAUUUAAUUGGUUGUGAUGAUAUAGACGCGCAUAAGAUGGAUUAGAGUAGGGCUGAAGCACGGGUGCCUGGUUCAACGGAGUCUGCUGGGAAUAGAUCCAAAAAGGAAAUUGUUAUCGAGGGAUAGUAACAAAGACCUGAAACGAUCUGGAGAAACAUUGAGGUUUCCCAAUGUAGCCAGUUUAUUCCAAAGAGGGAUGAACGUCUCAAAGAAAUUUUCGAAACGAAUCCCUACUCUGAUAAGACGUGAUGGAGCACGUACUGAAUUUGAUCUCUUCAGGCAAUUUUAAACUUAAUCCAAAACUAAAAAGUUCAUGAAAACUGUAGAAAAAUCCACAGUACCCCAAAAAAUUUAAGUACUGUAAUUGAUGAGAAAAUCGACAUGAGUUCAAUUUUUUUUUUGGAUCGACUGGGAUAAGCUGAUAGUGUCUGUACCUGCAGGCAAUCCAAACCUCACUAAAACCUGAGAAAGCAAAAAAAAACUGUAGAAAAUUCCACAGUACCUCAAAAAGUGAAGAUACUGUAGAAAAUGAGAAAAAUUGAAAAAAAGAAAGGUUCUGAAUAAAUGAAAUAAUUUUGGAGUUACCACAUAUUCAGGCGAUUCAAAACUUACUGGAAAUCUAAAAAAAACAAUAAAAACUGUAGAGCUCAAUCUGACUAAAAAAAAGUCUUUCCCCAUGCUUUAAGCCCAAUUUUGCCUUAAUUACCUUAGUUACGACCUUAAUAAACUCUCACAAAACCUGAACUUGCCUUAAGUGCCUUAGUUACAACCUUAAUAAACUCUUAAAACACAAAACUACCUUAAGUACCUUGCUUACCACCUUAAUAAACUCUCGAAACCUAAAAUUCCUUAAUUACCUUAGUUAUGACCUUAAUGAACUCUCAAAACUCAAAAUUGCCUUAAGUACUUUAAUUAUGACCUUAUCAAACUCUUUAAACCCAAUUUUACCUUAAGUACCUUAGUCACCACCUUAAUAACCUUCCUCAGGUAUGUCAUGACGAAGAGACUCGGCGACGGGACAUUUGGCGAGGUACUUCUGGCCAAGAAAAUCGACACCGGCGAUAAAGUCGCCAUUAAACGGUCGGCUUUGGAAAUUAUUCAUAUUUUGAAUUUUUUGCAGGAUGAAGAAGAAGUUCUACAGUUGGGACGAGGCGAUGGCCCUUCGAGAAGUCAAAUCGUUGAAAAAAUUAAAUCAUCCCAAUAUUAUCAAGCUCAGAGAGGUUAUUUUUUACGGGGAAAGUGCGCUCCAACGAUAAAAUGGUCUGAUUGGCUUGAAAAAAAAAGCGAAAUUGACAUUUUGAAGGUGGAAAUUCUUUUUUUAGACUUUAAAUUCCCAAUUUUCCAAUUUCUAACAGUCCUAUCAAAAUCUAUCACACAGUAGCUUGACAAACCAGGAAAAAAUUAAAUUAUCCCAAUAUUAUCAAGCUCAGAGAGGUUAUUUUUUACGAUGAAAGUGCGCUCCAAUGAUAAAAUGGUCUGAUUGGCUUGAAAAAAAAGCAAAAUUAAUUUUUUGAAGCUGAAAACUCUUUUUUUAGACUUUACUAUCAUAAUCUAUCACACAGUAGCCUGAUAAAUCAGAAAAAAUUAAAUCAUCCUAAUAUUAUCAAGCUCAGAGAGGUUAUUUUGUAAGAUGAAAGUGCGCUCCAAUGAUAAAAUGGUCUGAUUGGCUUGAAUAAAAAGCGAAAUUAAUUUUUUGAAGGUGAAAAUGCAUUUUUUAGAUUUUACUAUCAUAAUCUAUCACACAGUGACCUCAUAAAUCGCUCAUUUUUCACCAAAAAAUCCGAAAAAAAGCUCGAUUUUCCCACCCAAUUACGCUUCAUUGAACCCAAAGAGGCCGAAUUUUCCAGGUUAUUCGAGAAAACGACGUUCUUUAUUUCGUUUUCGAGUUCAUGCAGGAGAAUCUAUACGAGUUGAUGAAGGAUAGGUACGUUUUCUUUCGGAAAAAAUGGGAAAAAUUUUUUUUUUCAGGGACAGAUAUUUUCCGGAAAGCGUCAUCCGAAAUAUCAUCUAUCAAGUGUUACAAGGGCUAGCUUUUAUGCACAAAAACGGUAAAAUAUGGAUUUUUUAGAGAAAAAAUUGGGAUUAUAGUGUCUUAGGAAGCACUUAGAAUCUUGAGAAGCCAGAAAAUUCGAAAAAAUAAGAAAAAAUGAUUUUUUAAAGCUUCAGAAUUGAUAUUUUUGUUGAAAAAAGGGCAAGAAUCAAUGGUUUUUCACAAAUUUCAAUCGCGAAUAUUGAAUUAUACCGGAUUUCCGAUGAUUUUAGUGAAUUCAUAGGCAAAAAAUAGUUGAAAAAUCAAAUUUUCCAAGCCCAAAAAUUUUUUUUCACCCUUCAAAAGUACACAGGUAAAUCGUCCCCAAGUACAGCUUUUCCUCAAUUUUUUUCUCAAAAUAAAAUCCAAGUUCAAGGGUUUUUCCAUCGCGACAUGAAGCCGGAGAACAUCAUGUGUAACGGGACGGAACUCGUCAAAAUCGCCGAUUUCGGUUUGGCGAGAGAAAUUCGAUCGAAACCUCCCUACACCGACUACGUUUCAACGAGAUGGUUUAACAAAAUUCUUAUGAAAAAAAAUGUUUUCUGGAUAGUCCGUAAUUCAAUAUAUCGAUAUGAAAGAGCUGAAAAACCAGCAUGGAAAAAAUAGCCGCGAUAAAAAAAUUUGAGGAAGUAAAAGUGCUCCAUGGACAAUAAUUGAAAUUUCACAGAUUUCAAGGCUUCAAGACAGGAUUUCAAUGGGAGCUAGUGGAAUAUUAAGUGGGCCAGGAAAAAAUUAUUAGAAACGACUUCAAAAUCCAAAAAAGGAUAUCUUGUCUCAAAAUUCUUCAAAUUAGCGCUGGAGCGCAAAAGUUCACUUUAUCGCGGUUAUUUUUUCCCUAGGUUCUUUCGAAUUUAAAUUGAGUCCUUGUAAAUGCUAUUUCUCUCUGAAAUCUUCAAAUUAGCCUUGGAGCGCAUUUUUCUUUGAAAUUUCAAUUUGUAAAUUCCGAAUUUAGCUUUGGGGCGCACAACACUUAUUUAAAGCGGCUGUUUUUCAAUAUAUAUAUAUAGAUAGAGCACAUUAUCUCAUUGGAAUAGCGGCCAUUUCUUCCCUAUAAAGUCUAAAAUUAGCCGUGGAGCGCAGAAAUGCUUUUUUCAACGGCUAUUUUUCUCCUAGGCUUUUUCGCGCUGUCUUGCCAAAAAUAUACCCAAAAAUCAGAAUAUUCCUUCCAAGCCUAUUUGCAUUGAUAGAGCACAUUAUCCCAUCAGAAUAGCGGCCAUUUCUUCCCUAGCAAUUCUAAAAUUAGCAGUGGAGCGCAAAAAUGCUUUUUUUCAACGGCUAUUUUUUCCUAGGCUUUUUCGCGCUGUCGCUAUGUCCAAAGUAUACCCAAAAAUCGGUUUUUUUCAUUCCAAGCCUAUUUUUUUAGAAUCAAACUUGAAUUUUUGAUUUUUCCAGGUACCGCGCCCCGGAAAUCCUACUCCGAUCAACCUCCUACAAUUCUCCGAUCGAUGUCUGGGCUCUGGGCGGAAUAAUGGCCGAACUCUACAUGUUGCGGCCUUUGUUUCCAGGAACCUCGGAAAUGGAUCAACUGUUCAAGAUCAUCUCCAUCCUGGGAACACCGACGAAAGUAUGAGAUGAAUAGAACUUCCAGAAAGAAUUUAAAAUUACAGGAAGAAUGGCCGGAAGGUUAUCAAUUAGCUAGCGCCAUGAAUUUCCGGUUUCAACAGGUGGUGGCGACGCCUAUGGAACAGGUAGGUACUGAAGAAAAAAAAUAGAGAAGCUUCGUCUUUUUCAAAAAGACCUGAAUUUUUCAAAUGUUCGUUCAAAAAUUACCAAACAAAAAAAGUUACAGCGUUGAACUUGAAAAUAAAAAUACAUUUUUUCAAGCUACAUAAAUGGAAUUGGCCUUGAUGAUCUUAAAAAUGAAACAUUCCGACACCAUUUUUGAAAGUUACUCAAAUGUAAACAGGAAAGGUCGAAAAAGGCUGCGGAAAGGGUCGAAAAAGGCUCCGAAAAGGGUCGAAAAAGGCUCCGGAAAGGGUCGUAAAAGGCUCCGGAAAGGGUCGAAAAAGACUCCGGAAAGGGUCGAAAAAGACUCCGGAAAGGGUCGAAAAAGGCUCCGGAAAGAGUCGAAAAAGGUUCCGGAAAGAGUCGAAAAAGGCUCCGGAAAGAGUCAAAAAAGGCUCCCGAGAGGGUCGAAAAAGGCUCCGGAAAGGGUCGAAAAAGGCAAUUUUCGUUUAAGGGUGAGAAAAGCUCCUUUUUUACCGCUUUUUGGCGCCAUUUUAUCGGCUUUUUUUGCAUCAUUUUUGCUCUUGAGCCUUUGAAACCCCAGGAAAAAUGGAAGGCUCGAUAAAGAGACUCUCUUUGCUGCCAUUCUGGGGCCUUUUCAAAGCCAUUCUGGGUCCUUUCUGCAGCUUUUUUGCGCCCUUUUUGCGGCCUUUUUACUGCCUUUUUACUGCCUUUUUGCGGCCUUUUUGCUGCCUUUUUUGAGCCUCUCCUCUCAGCGGCCAUUUUCCACCAUUUUGACCUUGCCCGAGAAUACUCAAGUCACCUAAAGCUGUACAAUGCAGUUUCUUGCAUUCUAAAUCCUUAGGGUUCCCCCUGUUCUGUCAAUUAUAAUUUUAAACCGAAGAAUUGAUUUACAGGUAGUGAACACGAUAAGUAAAGAAGGAAUGCGGCUAAUGAUGGACAUGAUGAUUUGGAGUCCGGAAAAACGGCCUAGCGCUGCGCAGGUUUGAUUAUUUUCACGUUUAAGAGUUCAUGAGAAAGGAAAAAUCGGAAUUUUUAAGGAUUUUCAGCUCCUUCUAAGGGUCCUCAGAGAUUUUUCUAGGCAUAAUUAUUUCAACUCAUUUGAAUAUUUAUUUCACUCUGAUACAUAAAACAACAUGAACUACAAAUAAAAAUACAUAGUUUGAGCAAGAAUUAUAUUAGAGUGAAAUUAGGACCGGUUUUUAAUACGCCCUCACGAGCGAAUUUACCGGUAUAGAGAAUAGGACACGUAGUAGGAUUUUUGAUCACAGUAGACGUAAGGGAAUGUUGGAAAAGAGUUCUUCGUUGCUUAGCGAGUCGAGAAACUUUCUGAAACGGGUGGUAGACGUGUUAGGGUUGAAUCUUGAGCAGAGUCUAUUCCAAAGAGGAAUGACAGUGCUUAAAAAACUAUUAAAUCUGGGACCAGUCUGAAUCAAACGAAAAGGACACCGAGGUGAACGACUUCUACUGAAAAACUUUUCUGCGCUAGGAAAGUGGUAAAUGCCCAGGACGAUUUUUUGAAGCGUUACUAGAGCAAUAGAAGUUCUCCUACGGAAAACAUGAGUAGAACCGAGUACAUCAAGGCGAUGGGAGUAUGCGUCAAAGGAUUUAUGAAAACUCUCAUGAAAACUUGCCUAGUAUAUAAUGACGGUAAGGUUUUUCAAGUAGCACGGACAGUUCUGAAUUUAUAGGCGGUGAGAAGAUUUCAGAGCAAUAGUCAAGAUAGGGUCUAGCGUACAUGUUGAAUAGUAAAUUAUACUGCUGGAUGUUCAAGUGAGCAAAAGCUUUGAGCAGCUGUUUAGAUUUGAGAGUGGCAAUGUUGACAACAUGAUUAAUGUGAGGGCUGAAACACAAAUUUUUAUCGAUAAGGAGACCGAGGUCUCUGACGACAGUUUCAGAUCGAAUAGGUGAGCCAUCAACAUUGUAAACAUGUUCAGGAUUGUUUCUGCCUAGAUGAAGAACAACAGUUUUAUUGGCCGCAACUGGGAGGCCCCAAGUUUUAGACCAAUCGAGCAAUCUAUUUAUACUGUCUUGGAUAGCAUCAGGGUUAUCGGAAGAAAUUUUCAAACUCAUGCUCUCCAAGAGAAUCUUUGAACGGCCAGAACAGUGGGCACAAAAAAUUCAUGUUACUUUUUACGAGCUCAUACUCAUAUCACAACAACUACAAAUGUAUACAAAACUUUUGAACAAGGUUUUGUAAGGCUCCGCCCCUUUUGAGCACUACUGUAGCCGAAAUACGAAAGAUUCUAACUUUUUUCCCCGUGGUCCAAAUCGAAUGAAGCUCUUUUUAAACAAAAAAUGAUGCCUAAAUGAACACUUUUUGUGUUGACACUUUAUUGAAAUAAUUAUUUUUCAUACUGAAAUCAACGAUUUCUUUCGGUUUUUGAGGUUUUGAGGCAGGAAGAACCCCCCGAUCAGUAAAAUUUUAUUAUUUUAAACGAUGCGCCAGGUCUUUCUACUCUAGAAACAAUUGUCCAUAUGUUCCAGUUUCAAGUGAUCUAGUUGACCUCCUUUUAAAAAUUGAUAUGAAACCCAACCUCGAGGCGUUUCCUUGCAGUGUCUCCGGUACAAAUACUUCCAAGUGGCGGAGAAACUCGGGGCUCCGGUGAUGAGUCAACCGGCGCCCGGGACAACCCGGAAGACGAGCGCCGGUUCGACGAAAAGCGACACGAAGGCCGUCAUUGGCAAGGCGGUUCGUUCUGAAAAUCUGAGAGAAAUUUUUGAAGAUCCUAAAAGUAUUAAAAAACGUGGAAACAACUUCAAAACGCAUAUGAAUUCACAAAAUUUUCCCACCUUUUUAAAAAUUUUCGUCAAAUUUUGAAAGUAAUUUUUGACAUCCGUUUAUGAAUAUGAUAAUUCUUUCUAUUUUUUAUAAAUCGACUAUUUUCUGAAACAUUUUUGAUAAAAAUGAGAAGAAAAAACAAAACGAAAAAGCAAAAAAAGACGACUGAAAAUUACUUGUACGACACUCCAGUUAACGCAUCGCAUUGGAGCGCACUUCACCAAACAUCUUCCUUUUUUCUUUUUUUCUCGUUUUUAUUCACUUUUUUAUGUUUUUAUUUGAUUUUUAUGAUAUUUUCUUUAAUAAAUAACCAAGUUUUUAGAAAGAAUACCCCGGAUCGGAAAAACGUCUCGCCGCAACAGUCAAAAGUGCUCGACCGGCAUGCAAAUCGCAAUAUUCCUUUGAAUAAAACCAACAUAUUCGAGAAGUUUGUUUUAUUUUCAUUUCAUUCUCAAGUGUGAAAAAUCACUUUUCAAUGGUUUAUUUUUGAGAAUUUUCGAUUCUAGCUGACAUAUUUCGAGGUCAAAAAUGUUGAAAAAUAAUAAAAUGAGUUGAAUUUCUUUCAUGUUAUUUGUCGAAAAUUUCUACAUUAUCUUGCAUUUUUCUAUUUAUUUUGCUAGCCAAGACAAUGGAGGCUAUUAACCCCAUGUGGCCUUUGCUCCACUGAGAAAAUUGUAACCAAGGGAAACCCUUCUCAUAUUUUAGACCACCAAAACAGGAAACAAUAGAGCCACCAGGUGGUCGUAGUAAACAGGUAAACAUUCGAAUAUUUUGGAAUUUUCGGUCUUUUCAGGGGUUAUUUAGUGUAAUAUUCCCGUUUUUAGAAUAGUUUGAAGUCAUAAAAUUCGGAAAAAUCACCUAAAAGAUUCAAAAUUUCAGAUCCGACACGAAAAUCUCAUUAACAAAAAAUGGCGAGGUUUCUGCCAAGGCGGGUGCAAAGGACAUUUACCUGGCAAAAUCGAAAUAUGUCCCAGGUGAGUUUUUAAACAUUCUGUGACCAUAAUUUUUGAAAAAUUUGUUUUUUUCUAUUUUUUUGAUUUUACAAGGAACCUUCAAACAUAUAGAAGUCAAAAUUGGUUAAAAAUUUUCAAAGGGUUACUUCGAUAGUCCCAGUUUUAUCAAAAUUGUGCUUUUUUGCUUUUUAGUAGAGCUAACGCUUCAUAAACUUUGAAAAAAAGUGAAUUAUAUAUAUAUUUUUUUAAAUCUAGUUUUUUCUCUUUUUAUUUUUUUCAGUCAAUUUUUGAUCAAAUUUUUCAAGCUGGGUUCAUUUUUGCUUCCCUCCUGCCAUAAAUUGUGAAAAUGAUGAAACUGAUCCUUUCUUUGAAUUUGAAAUUACUUCAUUUAUCUCGUUGAAUCCUCUCCAUGCUUCAAUAUGCCUAAAAACUGUUUGAAAUCGCGUUUUUUUCAGUCUUUUUUGAAAAGUGAAGGGUUCUCCUUGAAUUUGAGAGUAUUGAACUUGUCUCUAUGACAAAAAAAAAUCUGAUGCUUCAACAUGCUUAAAAACUCUUUGUAGUCGAGUUACUCUAUGGUUUUUCAUAUCUGAUAAACUUUCGAAGAAGCUGAUUUUCAAGCGCCGUAACCAAGAAAAAAAACAAAAUCCUAAAUUUGUAGUUAUUGAACCUAUUCCUCAUCUCUGUGCCUUAAAACUAAUGAAAAUCGCGCAUCUCUAUGCAUUUCUACGACUAGAAACUGUUGGAAAAGCUGAUUUUUUGGGCAGUGGCCAAGAAAAACUCAGAAAAGUGAACCAAAAAAAAUUUAGCCGAUUUAUAUGCCUAAAAAGGAGGGAAUCGCGUUUCUGUGUGCUUUAUGAUGCCUAAAUAUGGUAGAAGUCCCGCUUCUUUAAACUUUGAAAUGCCAAAAAAACAGGAAGAAAUGGCGUUUCGCUAUGAUUUUACGUGCAUAGAACCUGUUAGAAAUCGGGUUCACCUAGGCCUCCAAAUAACUAAAAACUGUCCGAAAUCGCGGUUUUUUAUGCUUUAAGACGCCAAAAAACAGUCGAUUUUGAGGCGCGGUGGGCAAGGACGGGAGCGGGAACAACCAGGUGAUGACCAACGGACUCACCAAGACGACGACGACCACGUUGAGCGCCAAGAAGGAGGGCCGGAGUGCCGUGCAAGCAAGGUUCGAGUACGCGUACGGUCAGUCUCCUCUCCUCUUUUCUUUCCUCACUUGCUUCGUUUCUCCUUCUUCAGUUGCCUGAAAUUAUGCUACUUAUUCUUGGAUUUUGAGUUUGGAUCAAUUGAGCAGAGCUUCCUAGGGCGCACUCCGGGUCGUCUUAGGAUUUGAAGCAGUCUCCCCGGGGCGACCCGAUCCGUAAUCUUGAAGAUAAGGUUAAAAAAAGGGGGGGUUUAGAAUGUUUUUGGAACAGUUGCAAUCGAGCAAUUUUGAAAAAAGUUCAAAUUGGCCGAAAAAUUGCGGCUUUUCAGCAUUCAUCGGAUGGACCCCCGUCCCCAGUCUUUUGCGCGCCAAAAAAAAUUUUGGGCCGCUUUUUUUGGGGGGUAGGCUACAUUUUUCAGGGAUAGGCCGCAGUUAUCACGGGGGGUAAGCCGCAUUCUUUGAGGGAUAGGCCGCAGUUAUCGAGGUGGGAUGGGGGGAUCCAGUCGACGUAUGCUUUUUGAGAUUUAUACAGUCAAAAUAUAUCAUUUUUCUGGUGAAACAUAGAAUUUCCGGCGUCCCUGAUGCUACUAAAAGCCAGAAAGGAAAAUUCGAAAAAUUUGAAAAAUACAUUCUUAGCUUCAUCAAAUGUCUUUUAACUGAAAAGCCGCUAAACAUCAAAAAAAAAACUUUUUCGAAAAAUAUUUGCAUGCCUCGCACCAGUAGAGCCUCUCCACAUCAUUAUCGUGAUCUUUUCGAAAAUCUUGGAUUUUUAGGGUACGUUCCAAACUUCGGGGCUCGGACACUGCCAGCGGCGGCAACAGUGUCGGCAGUUCCGGCGACGACGGCCCCGUCCGCCGGCCUUCAGAACCCUAAAAAUGCCGGCAGGAUCGACUGGGCCGCUAAGUGAGGCUUUUUUGAGGACGUUAGGUUCUAGAAAUAGUUGGUGACGGAAUUCAGAAGCUUAGGAAGACAUGAUCAGACAGGCUUCUGAGUGAGACUUUAUAAGGUCGUUAGGUUCUAGAAAUAGUUAGCUAGUGUUGGUAACGGCCUUUAGAACCUUAAGAAAUCCGGCAGGAUCGACUGGGCCGCCAAGUGAGGCUUUUUUGGGGACGUUGGGUUUUAGAAAUAGUUGGUGACGGCCUUCAGAAGCCUAGGAAGGCAUGAUCAGUCAGGCUUUAUAGUGAGACUUUAUAAGGUCGUUAGAUCCAAAAAAAAUAGUUAGCUAGAGUUGGUGAGUACCUAAAGAACCGUAAGAAGGCAGUACCGAUUAGGCCUCUAAUUAAGAAUUUUUCGAGGACAUAAGCUUCAAAAAAUAGUUAGCUAGAGUUGGUAACGGUCUUUAGGACCUUAAGAGCGCUGGCAGUACCGAUUAGGCUAUUAAGUGAGAAUUUUUGAGGACGUUAGGUUCAAGAAAUAGUUAGCUAGAGUUGGUAAGGACCUAAAGAACCGUAAAAAGGCAGGACCGAUUCGGCCUCUAAGUGAAGUUUUUCGAAGGAAUUAGCCUCAAAAGUUAGUUGAAUAGAGUUGGUAACGGCCUACAGGACCCUAAGAAGACAGGAUCGACUGGGCUUCUAAGUAAGACUUUUUAAGAAGGUAAGGUUCAAAAAAUAGUUAGCUAGAGUUGGUAACGACCCUAAGUAACCUAGGAAAGCCUGCAGGAUUGACUGGGACGCUACGUGAGACUUUUUAAGGACCUUAGGUUCAAAAAAUAGUUAGCUAGAGUUGGUAACGACCUUUAGGACCUUAAGAAUGCAGGAAGUACCGAUUAGGCGUCUAAUUGAGACUCUUCAAAGACAUUAACUUCAAAAAAUGAGUUGAAUAGUGUUGGUACCAACCUUCGGAACUCUAAGAAUCGACUGGGCCGCUAAGUGAGGCUUUUUGAGGACCUUACAAGAAAGGUAAUUUUACUAUGAGUUUUGAAACCCCCUCAAAUUUGACAAAAACACUUCUUGAUGUACCAGACUAAGGUUCUGAGAGUCUCAGUUUGCUCAACUUCCUAGUUUUCAAAAAAUCAGGGUCCCAAGCCUCAAUAUUUCCCAACUUUAGGGAUUUCGAAGCUUUUAUAGGAGCUUGAGGGGCUCUUUCUUAAAAAGGUUUAGACUUUCAGAGUUUUCAAGAAUUAAUUUAAGAUAAUUCCCAACUCUUCUUGUUUGCUCAAAUAAAUAAUCAUGCAAAAUUCCUCAAAUUCUCAUGAAAUAUUCCAGGUACGUCAAAUGA